GUCGCGAUGACAGAUAAUUGAGAAACAUGAAGCAGAAAGUAAACCUCGUAAUAACAAACUUCGCGAGUCAAACUACGAACGUUUGACAGAAUAUUCGCACGCAUGGUUGAGACGUUGUGCCUCGUGUUUUUACGGCCGUCAUGGAGGAGGUGAGCGUGUGGAGCGUGGCGGUGGGCGGAUGCGUGGACGCCUGCUUCCUGCUGCUGGACCUGCUGCUGCGCUCGCUCAGCUGGACGCUCCGCCUCCUGUCGGGCGUCGGCGGCGUGCUGAGCGGCUCCUCCGUGGUCCAGUCCUGGAAUUUCGCCCAGCUGUCUUUUCUCACGGCGGCCGAGGCGGCGUCCGACGCCGCGCGCGCGGUCCUGCAGGCCGCCGAGGGCUGGCUGCGGGCGCUGGCGAGCGUGCUCGAGAGCUUCAAGAUGGCGGGCCACUUGUGCUGUCACGUGGCGUGGCGAGCCAAAGACGUGCUGCAGCGCAGCCUGAUUUCCGGGAGCGGCGUCCUGCGGCAGGCGUGUGAGGGCGUGGGCGUGGCGCUCAGCCUCAUCCUCUACCUCAUCAACACGGCCGUCAAUGUCUUCCUGAUCGGCGUUCAGAACUGCACGGCGGCAAUAGCGAGCGUGUGGGAGGCGGCGGCGGCGCCGGUGCACCGGGCACUGGAGCUGGCCCUGAGCGCACUGACCUUCCUGUACAGCAGCUUGGUGGGCGCCGCCGUGCUGCUGUGGGCGUCGUGCCAGCUGCUGGUGGACGUCCUCGCCACCGUUUUCACGCUGGACGGACUACUGGCCGCCGCCGUGGCCUCGCCGCCGCUGCUGCUGGUGCUGUGGAACCCCGGGAUCUCCGCCCUCGCCAGACAGCUGUGCCUUCGACCUGUAGAGGCGGUGCGGGCGGCGGCUCGCCGCCUGGGCACGGUGGUGGCGUCACCUGACGCGGCACACGGGGCGGACACGAGCCCGCGCCCAGACGCAGAUGGCGCCGACACGCCUCCUGUAAUCGCACCGGCUCAGGGUGACACCGGGCAGGACGGCGAGACGGCGGCAGCGGGCGGUGAGACGGCGACUGGAGCUGCCGGGGGGGCGACGACGGGAGCCGGCGGCAGCGGCGAGCUGCUGAACCUGCUGCAGGAGCAGGAGGAGGGGAAGAAGUGCGUGGUGUGUCAGGACGAGAGCAAGACCGUGCUGCUGCUGCCCUGCCGCCAUCUUUGUCUCUGCCGCCACUGCGCCGAUAUCCUGAGCCAGCGGCCCGCCAGCCGCUGCCCACUCUGCCGCCAGCACAUCACGCAGACCAUGGACGUCUUCCUCUGAGGAGCUCAGCGCUGCCCCCUCUGGUGGUGAAAUGCCACGACAGACGACUGUUAGGUUGAGCUUUUCAUUUCGACUUCAUUGACCUCUGAGGAACACGAGCGUCUUCCUGAAACACAACAUGGUGACGUUAAGAAGAAAUACGUCUCAGUAAAAACACAAAAUCAACUAAACAAAAGAAACGUGAAAAAGUCAUGAAAAAUCAAUGGAAGCUUCCUAAAUUUCUGCUCUUUCAUCAUUCCAUAGUGACUGUUGUACUGAAAUCUUUAAGAGUUCCAGAAAAAAGCUUCAUAGACAUUCUUUCCGUUCAAGUGUUUCACAGUCAGAGACCAAACAUUCCUGUUUCAUCCUUCAGUCGCUGAAGUGUUCAGUUCCAAAUGUGGAGCAGAAGCAGACUGAAGUGUGAAAAAGAUGAAGCUGGUUGUUUCAGUAUUUAGUUGAAAUGAUUGACACUUUCAAAAAGUUAUGCUUCUCCCCCUUUCGACUGAAUUAGUGUACCGUUGCCAUGGAAACACACCCAGAACACAGCGGAAGUAUUUCGUGUUUUACCUGGAAAUGUCCUGUGAACGGGACUGAAACGCACAGCUUCAGUCUGCAGCUACUUGAAACCACGUAUUUAUAAAACAAGCACUUUCAUGAAGAAAACACUGACUUGAGGUUUUGACUCUAAAGCGUUCACAAGACGACGUGAGUGAAAUAACCUGCGAAAUGUUGCCAAGUGAAGACGUCCUGAUCAGAUCAGGGCUGAUUUCAGAUGAUUUGUUUUCUCAGUUAAUUGAUAACUUGAGCUGAUCGCUGCGGAUUUUUCCCGUGACGUUUUUGCUCCAUGUCACUGCUGAGUCCGUUAAGACACUGUUACUGUUUUCUCUCUGCUGUCUCAUUUUGGAUUUUCUCUGAAAAUAGAAAAAAAAAAAAACCCUUCUAAAUCUGUCCU